AUGGAUGUCCAUGACGUGGAGAACUUCAUCCGAUACGAAUUCAACGACAAAGCCCUCCUUGCAGCAGCCUUCAUCCCAUCCAAGAACGGACGCCUAGGCUUCCUUGGUGACAAAGUCAUCGGAUUAAUACUGCUUGACGACUGGUACAGAACCAGAACUAACUGCUUAGAAGGCUCUCAGCAAUUAGAGCGAUAUGCCAGUAAUCUCACGAUGGCUGCCGAAGCCCGACGAGCGCAUUUCAACCAGGUUAAUCCCCCUGGUUCACGCCGCCGCCAGCAACUUGGGACACAUGGUCUUGCGACAGAGGUUGAAGCCGUUGUCGGUGCGGUUUGGGUUGAUUCGAAUAGGAAUUGGGACGUGACCAAGCGGUGUUAUGAGAGGAUAAAGGCUUGA